AUGGGCUCUCAUUCGCAAGACCAAUUUGAAUAUGCAUUAAAAUCCAACGAUGCAUGGGCGAACUACAAAGGGCAUCAGAACCCGGCCUUCUUCCCAAACCUAGCAAAGGGUCAAUCACCGAGCAUUCUCUGGCUCGGCUGCAGCGAUUCCCGGGUGCCCGAAACAACGCUCCUAGGACUCCAGCCCGGCGACAUCUUCACCCACCGCAACAUAGCCAACAUCCUCUCACCCACCGAUCUAAACUUCCUCUCAGUCCUCGAAUAUGCCGUCUGCUUCCUAAAAGUCUCCCAUAUCGUUCUAUGCGGACACACAUCGUGUGGCGGGUGCGCGGGCGCCCUCUCAGACACACGCAUUGGAGGGGUUCUUGAUGCCUGGCUGACGCCUCUCAAAGUCGUGCGCUUAGCACAUAAACAGGAGCUAGAUGCCAUUAAGGAUGAUAAUGCGAGGUCCCGGCGGCUCUCGGAACUAAAUGUGCAGCAAGGCGUGGAAAUGUUAAUGGGUAAUUAUACGGUGCAGGAGGCGAUCAAGGAACGGGGAUUGAAGAUUCAUGGGGUGUUAUAUGAUAUAGCGGUGGGGAAGAUUGGGGACUUGGGCUUUGGGAAUUCUAAGGGCGCAAAUGGGGUGCUGGGGAUCAAUAACAGCGAAACGGAACAGGUUGUCAGUGGGAACCAUGGCAUGCUCGUCUUUAAGGGCGAUGUGGCCCAGAUGACUGUUAAGUGA